GACGAGCUGCUGCCCAGCAGACAGCAGACACGCUCAGUCAGAGAGCAGCAGUUAGCAGCUGAAGCACAUAUUUCCCUCAGGAGGAGGUGGAGACCAAACACAGAGCUAACAGAAGGUUUAACUUCAUCAGGUGACACAAACACGACUCCACAUGGUGGGUGGUGUUGACCUGUACCUGCUCCAUGUGGGAAUAAACAGCCGUGUGCUAACAGGUUCAGCAUAUCAACCUGUUGAAAACGGAUCAAAAACUCAGUUAGUGCAGAAAUGUCUUCGAGUCCUGCAGGAAAGUUUGUUUAGUUUCAUGUUCAGCCUUCAGGUGUUAUGUAUUACAAUCAUGUUGAUCAAGACAAAACAAUAGAAAAACUUCAUCCAGUGAGAAUGCACCUGUUCAGUCUAUUCAGCCCCGGGACCGAAAUGUGUUCAGUGACGGAUCGACUCGUGUUGAUUUUGUGUUAGUGUGGGAGGAGCCUCUGAAUUCACAGAUGGGGGAGAGCACAGGUGUUAACCCUGCCCACAGGAAGUGGAGGGAGAAGUUUCUGAAGAAGCUGAGGCACUCAGGACUGCUGCAGGAACAGAAGGAGGUCCUUCAGAUGAAAACGAGGAUCUGCUUUGUCCUCCUCAGUGCUCCGUGGAACGUCCUCUGUUACUACGCCGAAGAGAUCAGUCUCAGAGUCCCUCUGCAGGUGGUCAACGCUCCAAACAUUAACUGGUCUGAGCACAUCCUGUGCCGGCUGUCCCUCCCUAACCCUCUGUCUCAGGACGUCCCCAACCCCCCACCUGACUACUACACCUGUCAGUUCAGGACCAACAAGCUCCAGCGGUUUCUGGGCAACGACAACAAAGAGACUUUCUUUAAGACGACUCAGAGACACCAGGUGCUGUAUGAGAUACUGGCCAGGACUCCGUAUGGUUUGAUGAAGAGAGGGGAGGUGGGAAUCGACCGACUGCUGAGCGAGCAGGUGUUCACUGCUGCCUACCCGCUGCAUGAGGGAGAUUUCAAGCUGCCGCCAACACCAGUGCCCCCCCAGUCUUUAGGUCUGAGACAAAUCCUGUACACAUACUGGGCCCAGUGGUCCUGCUGGAGACGCUACCAGCCUCUGGAUCACAUCAGGGAGUACUUUGGAGAGAAGAUAGCCCUGUACUUCGCGUGGCUCGGCGUCUACACCGGCUGGCUGCUGCCGGCGUCCCUCAUUGGGACUGUGAUCUUCUUUGUUGGGUUCUGGCUCAUGGUCACUGAUGUUCCAGCGAUGGAGGUGUGUGACAGUGGAAACAGCCUCAUCAUGUGUCCUCUGUGUAACAUCUGCUCCUACUGGAACUACUCGAGCAUCUGCGUCACCUACAAGGCGGGGAUCCUGUUUGAUAACGGAGGGACAGUGUUUUUCAGCGUCUUCAUGUCUCUGUGGGCCGUCACCUUCCUGGAGUCCUGGAAGAGAAGCUGUUCGGCUCUGUCUCACCGCUGGGACUGUUCUGAAUUCCAGGACAUCGAGGAGCGACCUCGUCCAGAGUUCACGGCCAUGGCGCCGAUGACCAUGAGGAACCCAGUGACCGGAGCAGAGGAACCUUACUUUCCUGAAAGUAAACGACUCAACAGAACUCUGACAGGCUGCAUGGUCAUCGUCAUCAUGAUUGUCGUGGUGCUGAUGUUCCUCAUCGCCAUCAUUGUGUAUCGCACCAUCCUCGGUAUCAUCAUCUACAAGUCUGGCAACAGCUUCGUCAGUUUCUCUGCUUCGCGGAUAGCUAGUAUUUCAGGAUCAGUGCUGAACCUGGUGGUCAUCCUCAUGUUGUCCAGGGUUUACACCUCACUGGCCCACAUCCUCACCCGCUGGGAGAUGCAUCGGACUCAGACUAAAUAUGAAGACAUGUUCAUCCUCAAAGUUUUCAUCUUCCAGUUUGUCAACUUCUACUCAUCUCCAGUUUACAUCGCCUUCUUCAAAGGCAGGUUCAUUGGUUACCCCGGAAACUACAACACUCUGUUUGGAGUUCGCAGCGAAGACUGUGGAGCAGGUGGAUGUCUCAUUGAACUGGCUCAGGAGCUGCUGGUCAUCAUGGUGGGAAAACAGCUGAUCAACAACAUCCAGGAGUUCAUCUGCCCGAAGUUGAAGUCAUGGUGGAAGAAGAGGAAAAUAAGUCCUCAGCUGAAGGAGGUGAAGGAGGAGGAAGGUGAGGAGGCCCAGGGGGACGUGAAGAGGGACGGAGAGGUUUCUCCCUGGGAGGCGGACUACCAGCUGCUGGUCUGUGAGGGACUCUUCAGUGAAUACUUGGAGAUGGUGAUUCAGUUUGGUUUCAUCACCAUCUUCGUGGCGGCAUGUCCUCUCGCUCCCCUCUUCGCUCUUGUUAAUAACUGGGUGGAGAUUCGUUUGGACGCUCAGAAGUUUGUGACUGAGUAUCGCCGCCCAGUGGUGGAGCGAGCUCAGGACAUCGGCAUCUGGUUCCCCAUCAUGCAGUUCAUCACGUACAUAGCGGUCCUCAGCAAUGCUUUCCUCAUAGCGUUCACCUCGUCCUUCCUGCCUCGUCUGUACUACGGCUACACCAGAGACAGCACACUGCGUGGUUUCAUCAACUUCACUCUGGCAACAUCACCACACGACUACAGCCAGCAACAUCACACAUCCUGCAGGUAUCGGGCCUACAGGGAUGGAAAUGGUCAAUACCUUCCCGAGUAUUUUCACCUCCUCGCCAUAAGACUCACUUUUGUGAUUGUGUUUGAGCAUGUGGUCUUCUUCAUUGGCCGUAUCAUCGACAUGAUGGUCCCUGACAUCCCUGAGGAGGUGGAGAUGAAGAUAAAGAGGGAGCAUUACAUGGCGAAAGAGGCGCUGGCUGAGAAUCAGUCUUUGGGAAAGGUGGAUGUCCUGUCCACCAACCUGCAACAGCACGGAUCCAGACCCUCACCACCACUGCUGAGUGAUUCCCCUCCACCAAACCUGACGGAGAUCCCAGAGGAACCUGACUCAUCGGGCAGCUGCUGAAAUAUACCACAAGUGAACUCAGUGCAUUACCUCAGUGUCCACAUCAACCAGACUGAGUUCUUCCUUCUGAUCAACCUCUCUGACAGAUCUACGAGACCACUGUGACACCAUUACAAGAUCUACAAGAGCUGUGCUGGAUCAGUUCAGGUCCUACAAGGACCUUGUAAGACCUGCAGGAUGUAGAUCUACAAGACCAUUGCUAGACUUACAGACCACAAGAGGUCUGCUAGAUAUCUAAAAGGGUCUACCAGACCUCUUCUAGGCCUGUAGAAGAUCUGCAAAACAGCUGAAGACCCCCAUCAGUUCACCACAAUCCUGACAGGGUCUGUACAUCUGCUCUUAAAAGAAACAAGAGCUUUGAAAGAUAGAUCCUUCAUCACGUUCAGCUGUUACUAAUUCUUAGUCAGAGAAGUCUAAUCAGAUUCAAAUCUAAUAAAUAACAUUUCGAUAGACAAAAUAUUAGAAGCACCUUUGAAUGUCCACCAUGAUUACAUAGUUAGCUGUUGACUCUUGUGUCCAGAAAGGUGCAGGUCUGUCUGUGAAUCAGUUUGAGAGCAUUUUGCUGAACAUCACCAUCCUCCUCUGUCAAAGCUCUCAGACUGUUGUUUCAGUCAUUUACAAACUCACCUGUCCUCUGUUACUGAGUCAAUGGAUCAUAACACCUAUGCUGUGUAAAAAACCAUCAGCCACACUGUAAAUCACACGGACGAGAGAUUCAGCAAGUAAACCUGGCAUAUUUAUAUACUUUUUAUACAUUUAUACUUGAACUAUCUUAUGUGUAAACAAUAUGUGAUGUAAAUAAAUUUCUUGUAGGAA